AUGAUCAAUAAUAAACCUUCUCCACCGGAAAGAGGAAGUUUUCCGCUGGAUCAUGAUGGCGAAUGCAAAUCCGUUAUGCAAAGUUAUCUUAAUUGCAUGAAGAAGGUUCGCGGUAUGAAUGAUCCGGAAUGUAGGAAUUUGGCGAAAUCGUAUUUGUCAUGUCGGAUGGAUAGGAAUUUAAUGGCGAAGGAUGAAUUUAAGAAUUUGGGGUUUGCGGAUGAGGGGUCGGAUUUGAAGGGUGUGGAUAAGAAGAAUGAGGCAAAGGAUGGGGAUGCGGAUGCAAAUAAACAUAAGAAUGAGUUAAGGUGGUGA